UCACGUCUAUCGGCCUCUCUUUGUUUCUCUCUCCUUUAUCUUCUCCAGAGCUUCUCUUCUUCUCUCUCUCCUUUGCUAUCUGCCUCAAGAUUCGUUCUUCACACUGCAAAGUGCAAAUCUCCUCUGUGUAGUGAUUUUUCCUCAGGCCUUAUUCUUCUUCUUUUCUUUUUUUUUUCAAAAAAUUCUUUAAAUUUCUUACUUUCUGACGUGGCAUGCAUCGAUUUGUUGAGAAUGAGCACCAAAACGAUGCGUCCCCCUCCCCGUCGCGUUUUGACUACAAAUAAGCGCAAGGAGAGGGAGGGUUUUGAUUCUCUGAAGUCGUCUCCACCAUCAUCACCUACACCAACACCAACAAAAUUACCCAAGCCGACCACUCCUCAAGCCGGCUCCGGAAAACUCUCUGAGCCGGUUUCGUUUAAUCAGAUCCUGGCUGGGUAUUUAGCACAUGAAUACCUGAGUAAGGGCACGAUCUACGGUCAACCGUUUGGGCCAAGCGAGGGUGGGGAAGAAGAAGAAGCCGAGCCGAGUGAGGGAAAUUAUAAAAGGUAUGUGGAGGUGUCAAGUUUGUUGAAGGCAGAUGGAGCCCACUUACCUGGAGUUGUGAACCCAAGCCAGCUCUCUCGCUUCUUGCAGAUGUGAGCGGUGCUCGUCUUGUCAUUUCAACACGUGGAGCUCUGUCAUUGGAUGCCCGUCUGCCUGACCCUUUUUUUUUUAAUUUUUUAAAUAAGGGCUUCUUGUUUUGGCAUGCAUGUAUAUAUGGAUAGGGGGAAAUUUGAAAUGUAGAUUUGAUCAUCUUCGUUGUAUGAACAAACUUUGGUUGAUGAAAAAUAUUUACUUCAUGUUUAA